CUUUGCAACAUCAUACCUUACCCUUAGAAGUAUUUACAAGCAAAAGAAUGGUCUUAUAGCCAUGUUUGCAUCGGAACAAUGGUGCUCAUGUUCAUGGGCUAAAAAACCUGAAGGAAUAAAGGUACGGGCUAUUAUAAUGUUUGAUCCGAAGUUUUGGCCUCAUGUUGCUUUAUGUGUUAAGAGCACCAUGCCAUUGGUAAGCGUUUUAAGAGAAGUAGAUUCGGAAGAGAGGCCAGCAAUGGGCUUCAUUUAUGAAUUGAUGGACUCAGCGAAGGAGAAAAUUGCAUUUAAUUGCAAUGAUGUAAAAAAGAGAUAUGUUCCAAUUUGGAACAAAAUAGAUGAUAGAUGGACUCCUCAGCUUCAUCGUCCUCUACAUGCAGCUGGGUACUAUCUGAAUCCUCAAAUACGGUACUCAGAUAAGUUUUCUACACACCCUGAGAUAAAAAAGGGGUUGUUUGAGUGCAUGGAUAGGAUGAUCCCCCGUGAAGAGCAUGCUGAUGCUGAUAUUCAGUUGGAUGAAUAUGACAAGAGAAGAGGGGAUUUUGGCUCUCGCCUUGCACUCGAAACCAUGACAAAGCGUUCCCCAGCUGAUUGGUGGGAACGCUUUGGAGAUAGAACUCCACAGCUUACAAAGUUUGCAGUAUGAGUUUUAAGCCUCACAUGCAGUGCUUCUGGCUGUGAGAGAAAUUGGAGUACUUUUGAGC